CCUCUCAGAAAACCUUUCCUCUCUCCUUCUCCACAUGGUCUGUGCGAGUGUCAAUGAGCUGUGUGGUUUCUCAGAGCAAAAAAGGAAGUCGCCUCCCCAUAUAUAUUACAGACUGAAAUAUCUAUAGGCACACAGAGAAGGAGCAGCUGAGGAGGCGAGACAUCAGUUCAGCAGAGAAGUCGUCGAGGGGAACCCUCCGAAGAAAAGGCAAAGAGUUGAGCCAUGGACCCCCAAGGAGGAAAAGCGUUUGCAGUGUUAAAAGCCCAGCAGGAGGAAUUCCUGGACUCCCUUAACAAGGAAUUUAUGGAUGACCCCAAAUACAGCACUGACGAAGACCUACCUGACAAAUUAGCAAUAUUUAAGAAGAAAUACAUGGACUUUGAUCUCAAUGCACAAGGAGAUAUAGAUAUCAUGGCCUUGAAGCGCAUGCUAGAAAAACUGGGCGCAGCCAAGACCCACCUGGAGCUAAAGAAGAUGAUCACUGAGGUGACUGGAGGUAUGAGCGAAACCAUCUCCUACCGGGACUUUGUCCGUAUGAUGCUGGGCAAGCGAUCAGCUAUCCUUAAAAUAAUUCUGAUGUAUGAAGAAAAAGCCAAAGAGAAGGAUGAAAAGCCAGCCGGACCCCCGCCCAAAAAAAUAAUUGCAGAUCUUCCUUAAAAAAUACCUUUAACUACAGGGUUGGCUCCGGCCUCCAAGCUGUUCCUGGAGCUCUUCGUAAACAGGAGAGCCUUUCUUUUGGAAAAUGUCCUAGAAUAAGGGGUUCAUUUGAAAUAGUAUUUCUGGGGUCCUCCCACGGCAGAACUCUGCCUCAUUGUGUGGUGGGGUGGGGGAGAAGGUAUUUUCAUUGUAAGGUCGUAUUUGUUGUUCUACUUUUUACUCUCUCCAUUAAAAUAUAUAUACGGUAUAUA